AUGCGUGCGCAAGCUCUGACGUAUACACCGGGGAGUGAUGCGCGCACGAUGGUGACGCACGUCGAUCCUGGUAGAUUUUCUGCGUUUAGUCCCCUCUAUGACGCCUCCGAGAAUGGCACGACUGCAUCCGCAGUGUCCAAUGGCGAAGCCGGUUCGAUUUUCUCAGGAGCAGUCAAUCUGCUUGCUGUUGCUGAGGCGCAUCAGGGUGAUGAAGACAGCCCUGCCACGUACGGCAUCCCCCCGCAACAACGGCAUGUGAUGUAUGAGUGCCGCAAUGGUGCGUUUACUACCCACGUACUACACGAGGAACUCGUCGCGAACAUGGCGGUGGUGCGUGAUCGAAAGGCUGGCGAAGAGGUGCGGCAGAGGUCUGUCAGUGGCCCGGCUCCAGCGAGCGGUGGAAGGGCCGGUGGCCGCCAGUCAUUGGUAAACAAUAACACCGGUAAUUAUUCCGCAGGAUACGCGCAGGAUUUCCACAGUGCAGUGCUUGUACUACUAAGGGGCCUUCGGGAACUUGAGUUGCUCGCUAGGGCGUUUGCAACUGGGGCUGCGCUGCUCUCUCUCUUGGCGGUACGUGUUGGGGUGCAUCAAGAGGCACCGUUAGACGAUCCGCUUCUUUUGUACUUUGCCAUUGCUGCCGCCUUUGAUAGCUCCAUAUUUCUUUUCCUUUUUCUGCUACUGCUCACCACGGCUCUUGCUCCCCUGGCAUAUGGAGUCUCGGAGGCACAGUGGCGAGAGAAACGACGGAAGCAGCUUCGUCGCCCCAGCGACAGCAAUGGGAAUCAACAGCAGCAGCAACAGCAACAACUGCAGAGAAGACGCACUGAGCAUUGUCCGCGUUUUGGCCCCAGUGUGACGUUUGCGGAUACAGGAAUGAAUAUGGAGAAUGUUUCGUAUGGAUCACAUGAACAAGGGAGGACUUCGGUCGUGACGGAAAGCCCUCCGGUAUUGGGAAUGAGCAUUGGGAGAAACGAUACUAUGACGGUGGGGUCGCACGCUGGUUCUCUUGCAGUACCGAGAGCUUCGGACAGCCGCUUGGCACGUCAGCUUGCAGCAGCUGAAAGCAAUGCCUCGCGGAGACUGUUAGGGACGUCGUCGAACAGCCCAUGGCGCUUGCUGUUGGCUCCCACAAUAUGGCUCUACGCGGUGGGGUUGGUGUUCAGUGUGGUGCAGAUUGCCUGCACGACGGAGCGGACCUCGCGUGAUAUGUUGAACUUGAGGACGGAUGGCCACGACGUCACAGCGGGGCUGCUCCUUGCUGUGAUCUGCGUCCGUGCGUGUUUACUGGUGCUUGCCUUGUUGCUAGACUUCGCGACCCGCACUAAGAAGGAUGUAUACGCGUGA